AUGAAUCUUUGCCAUGGCGUUCAGGACUCGAAGAUCACCUUCUUUCGCACAAAUAAAGAUACGCACGUUGCUGCCCCAAACGCGCGAUCGCAAUGCCUCAACCCUGACAAUGACGUGCCAGACCUCACCGGCAAAACGAUCUUCAUUACAGGAGGAACAAACGGACUGGGUGCCGAAUCAGUCAUCCUCUUCGCCAAACACAAACCAGCCCACAUCUAUAUCAGCGGGCGCAACGCCAAGACCGCCGAAAAGACCAUUCAAAGAGUUCGCGACGCCGGCUCCAGCACUGAAGUCACCUUUGUAGAAUGCAACCUCGCCUCUUUAGUCUCAGUCAAGCAAGCCGGGAAAUUAUUUGCCGCGUUCACAACCCGUCUCGAUAUCCUCAUUUGCAGCGCCGGAAUCAUGGCGCAAACCCCAGGCCUCACAACAGAUGGCUACGAAAUCCAAUUCGGAGCAAACCACCUCGGUCAUGCCCUACUAAUCAAGAAACUUCUCCCCUUGCUCGAGAACCGACAAGGUGAGGACGGAGACCGCCGAAUCGUAAUUCUCACGUCUCAAGGAGCGAGGAUACACCCAAGUGGGGGAAUUCUCUUCGACAAUCUCCGCACUGUCCAAAAUGACUUCUUUGUUGGAGGUCCUAUCAUCACCAUUUCGAUCCACCCGGGCGUUGUCUCGACGGGGUUGGUUGAUAAUCUGGGAUUUCUGGAUCGAGCUUUGAUUUACAGCACCAGUGUGGGGAGAAUGUUGAAGCCCGAGCAGGGCGCGUAUAAUCAGGUUUGGGCGGCGACGGCACCAAGAGAGGAAAUUCAGAAUUGGUUGUAUUAUGAGCCUGUUGGGGAGUUGGCGCAGUCUCGAUUGAAGAAGUUGGAGACGGAUGAUGGGUUGGCCGGGAGAUUGUGGGAUUGGACUGAGGAGGCGUUAGAGGGUUUUUGA